UAAACUGAUUUAAAGGUGGCAAGGUGGUGAAGUGCUAUGCCUUCACAGGAUGAAGGCUCCUAGUUUGAAUCUUAGCUGGAGCUUUUCUGUAUGGAGUUAGCAUCCUCUCCUUGUGCCUGCACUACUCCGCCUUCCUCUCAUGUCCAAAGACAUGCCUGUUAGGUUAAUUGGUGAUUCUAAACUGCAUGUGAUAAAAGGAGUUAAAGUAUGGCACGAGGAUCAUGAUAACUUUGAGAUUUUAAUGAUUUCUUUGAACUAUUCUUUUUUUUUUCCAAUGUGGAAUGAUUGUGCAGCAUUACACAUCUUUAAUGACUUUAACAAAAACAAGAAAUGGGUGCAAAAGUUUGAAUUGAUUUUGGAUUUUCUUUCAUCCAUACAGGGUCAUAGUUAUGCAUAUAGACUCAAACAUAUACAGUGAGCAACAUAAGUAUUUGAACACUCUGCAAUCAUGAAAUCAUGGAGGGGUCUGAAAUUCACAUUGUCGGUGCAUUCCCACUGUGUCACACAGCAUUUAAACAACAAUUUAAGAAAUCACAUUGUAUAAUUUUUAUGACAUUAUUUGUAUAGCACUGCUGCACAUAAGUAUUUGAACACCUGGCAAUCAGCAAGAAUUCUGGCUCUCCACCUCUACUCCACUUAUUGUGUGGAAAAGUGUGAAAUUACACCAUCUUCUGGUCAGGUUUAGAGUUUACAAAAGUAGAAUGGAAGGAAGAGCCUUCAGCUACUGGGCCUCUCUACUGUGAACAGUUGUGCUUUGAGACACCCUUUCCACUUUUUAAAAUUAGAAAUAAAACUUUCCCUUUUCAUAAAGCUGAUAGCUAGGCUUGGAUCAUGUGACCUUAAAGCUAUGCUAUUCGAUAAGCCGAGGGACUUCCCAUGACGAGUGGUUCUCCACUACUCCUAUUUUCUUUUUAAACUCUUUACUCUAUUUUUUCUUCGAAAGUUUUCACCUAAAAGUAGUAAAAUGAAUAAAUGAAAUGAUGUAACUGAAGUUUAAAGUGUAAGUAAAAGAAGGUUGCUACAACCAUUUAAACUUCCACAUUAAACUUUAUUUCACUUUCCUUAAACUCUCCAGGAAUCAGUGCAGACCUGCAAGGAAUCCAGCUGUUCCAGCCAUCUAUUUUACUAUCAGAUUUUAUCUCCUACCCAUCCACCUACAUUUAUCUGCUUUCUGUUCCAGGGAAUGAGGGAAGGACAGUGGAAUGGAAAAUUAAAAAUAGAAUCUAAAGUCCUUUUAAGCUAAACCGGUGCCACGUAUUGUCAAUGAAUGCUCCACCUGUCAUUUCAUUCUUAAGAAAGCAAACCUCAGGUAUAAAGGCAAACUUGUUCUCUACAGAGAAAAUAAACAGAAUAGCUUGAAUGGAGUUGUCUUCUCCUUUAAAGCUUUAAAAGUAUGGGCGGGGAUCGGAGUUCGGUUUCAGUGCCGCCUCCUUUUUCUGUUCUCACACCCAGCAGCUCAGGUCAGUCACAGAAGAGUCAGCGAGCUGACGUGCUUUGGUUAUAGCUUCAAGCUUUCCCGGUUGAUUAUGAAAUUAGCUACCAUCAAUGAAGAACCACAAUACGACACGCCACUGGGGAACUUCCACAGCCUUUCCACACCUUUUUCAAAGGUCGCUGACCUCUGAAAAAGGACUGAACCAGUUUGACUUUUGUUUGUUAAUGACACUGAACUUUAAUAUACUGGAUGAAAACUUUUAUCAAGUGAGGAGAUGGCCAAAGUGCACAGACUCUAUGUAGGAAUAGUAAUCGCUCUGACCUUAUGCAAAUACUGCCUGGCAGAGUGGAAUGCCACAGACGCGCCUCCCACUGGAACUGUGUCCGACUGUCAUCUCCAUGGCAACAGAGACAAUUGCACAGACUCCUCCCCUUUCUACACAUUUUACUCCUCCAGAAGACACAGUAGAUACUGGACAGUCGAAUGGGCACUUCUCAAAAUGCCCAGAGGAACUUGAGUAUUACUGCAUCCAUGGGGAGUGUCGUUACAUAAAGGACCAGGAUGCACCGUCCUGCAGGUGUCAGAUCGGUUACAUUGGUUCCAGGUGUGAGUACCUAAAUCUGGAGGUGCAGAUACAAGGCAAACAGAGAAUCAUAAUUACCUGUGCCAUCGCAGGGCUUGUGCUAUUAAUUCUUCUUGUUGUUUUCAUCUGCAUCUGUUCACGUCGUAGGAGGAGAUUACAAGGGGACAGACAAAGGGAGGAACCAAGGAAUGGGACGGAGAAGCUUGGCAUGAUGAUGGACAGCAAUGCAACAGGCUCAACUUUAAAGCCGGACUCAGCAGAGCAAGCCCUCACAAAUUCUGUAUGAGAACCUAGCUGAGGAACGUGUCUGGGAAUCUUUUAUACAUAAAAGAUGAUAGCUGUCACCUUCGCUUAAGCAGUCGGAGGUUUGUGAACGGCACCGAGGCAUUUAUGGAUAAAGUGCAUCUGUCGGUGCACUUUAUGGGAGUUUAUACAGUUCCUUUUAACACUCUUCAAAGAAGUGUGAGAGCAAAGAAGAUGCCGUCCAGGAUUUAUGAUAAAUAUCAGUCGGAGAGCUGUGUUUAGCUGCUGGUGUGCUGGCACGGGUGAUUUUUCCACUUCUGUGGAGAAACAGGCUCAUCUACCCUCUGACUAAGUGCUGCUGGGCUGCACCGCACUAAAUAAACUGUUGCUAUCCUGGAAAAGGCUGUGACACCAUUUGGCAGGCAGUGAUAACAGUUGAUCCGGCUGAUAGUGCCCUUCGUGGGCGACACAUGGACACUAAGACAUGGAAGAAAAAGGACUGCACGAAGAUACGGCACUCCAUAAACUCCCGUCAUGUGAACAAACCAUUAGAUGUAUAGAAAUCCUCAAGAGUACUGCCAGCUGCUGUUUUAGUAGCUUUGUGUCAUUUUUGUAUUGCUCCUAUUUGUUUAAGGCUGGUUUUGCUUUAGUGUCACGUCACAAGAUCAGAGUGUUUAUUGUACAGGCACCAGUAAAAUCAACAGUUAUCACGUAUUCAGCAAUCCACAGAAAUGAACUAACACUGAAUAUUGUUACUCAGAAACAUUAGCAAUGCAAGAAAAGCAUGUAUAAUUAUAUCCACACACACACACACAUAUAUAUAUAUAUACAGUAUGUAUAAAAUGAGGUUCUGGAUUCUCCUGGUUUGGAGGAGGACAAGGAGAACUUGUGCUGAAGGCUGUUUUGAUCUGUAUAUUUGGAGCCGAGCAGCCUCUGAGCUACGGAGGCUGAACAGCUGAGCCUGUGUGUGGAGGCUUGGCUUAACUAAAAGCGCUCCACUGUAUGAGACAGUUUCCAAACUUGCUAGCCUUUCACUUUGGGGUUUUAAUGUGUAUCUGUAUGUGUAUGAGCUCUAAAUGUAGUCUGAAGAGAGUGAGGACAAAGUCAGAGAAGCUUGUUCUCAUGUUUAUAUGUCACCUGUCAGUAAAUGUGCCUCCUACGUGCACUGUGCAUUUGCAUUUGCUUCAGCCAUUUUUUUCUAAUUUGUCUUUUCGAAUGAAACUGACACUAUGUGGUGCUCUCUAAUAAAUGGAACAUGCCUUUACUCCGCAGGCUAAUAAGUGUUCAUGAUCGCUGCUGAUGUGCAAAUUCCUGCAGAUAACUGUAUCUCUGUAACCUUUCAUAUGAAACUAUUAUUUCAUCCUCCACAACACAGACUCUGGACUACAUAAACAAACAUGCAAGACAUACUGCAGUCAUAUUAAAUCAUAAUUAUGCUUCAUUGCAGGGGGUUGUUAUGUUGCUAUGGUGCUGUAACUUGUGUCAGCAGUGUGAGCCAAAAAAUACCAGUUUGACAGUGAACAUAACACACCAUCAUCCUACGACAUAAAGAGAUGUAAUCCUGCUGGCACAAACCUGCAGCAUUACAUCCCCAAAUGGGAAUUAUCCUGUAACUGACUUUAUCCUUAAAACCAUCACAGCUUUGCAUACACCGUAAAAAAAAAAUCCUAAAAAACCAGUAAUAUUCCGGCAGCUGGGGCGCCAAAACAAUACCAAAAAAUAACUUUCCCAUGAAAAUACAGUUAUUUUCAGUAAUGACAAUACAGUUUGUUGCCCUAAUUUCACAUGGGAUUUUGGCUUCUUCAACAUUAAAUUAGGAACAUUUUAAUGUGAUUAAACAAUGAAAUUACCUAUAAACAAGGUCA